AUGUUUAAGGAGGUGGUCUCGUUGGCGAUCAUCCUGGGAUUCAUCUGGAAUAUCCUGUACAUCGACCAUCCGGACACUCGAUCAUACACCAUCGCAUUCGUGGGCAGCCUUAUUGUGCUGUCGCCGUUCGUCUUGGGUUGGAUUUACUGGGGCGAAUUGAGGAAGGGAGCCACAGCUUACGAGAUCUUAACGUGGAGAUACUGGAGGCAAACGAGGAACCGCGCCGUCCGGCUGGGACUCAUGAGCGACAUGCGGAAUCCCAGUCAACACGGGAGUGUGAGUGAUGUUGAGGAUUGCUCCGAGUCGCGAGCAAGUGCUGAUGUCGAGAUGGGUCUCGGUCUUGGAUCCUCGGCUGAGAAUGGGGAGCCUUGA